AUGGCCCACUGUCCCCAGAGCAACAUCAUUGAGCAGAGCCCCAGCAGGAAGGAGCCUAAGUCCCACAAGUCAGAUCCUGAUGUUAUCCUCGUCUUGCAGAGGAAGAUAGAGGUCCAGAGAGGGCGCUGGCACCGCUUCACCAAGUCGCCGCUGCCGCUUCAGCAGGCCUCUGUUGCUCGCGCCGCUGCUCCUUCACCAGGUCGCUGGGGCCGCAGGUUCAGGGGGUGGCUGUCGCGCGCGGCCCGGACCACCUCCCAGGAGUUGCUGCCGGUUCACCCGCCACUGCCACCAUGGAUGUAUAUCUUUGGUGGUGGGACCCACUUAACCAUCUUAGAUCAGCCCAAGUCCGUGCCUUCAGUCACACUCUUCCCACCCUCCCCUGAGGAGCUUAAUGCCAACGAGGCAACCCUGGUGUGCCUCAUCCGUGACUUCUACCCCAGCGGCUUUACAGUAGCCUGGAACGCAGAUGGCACCCCUAUCACACAGGACGUGGAGACCACCAAGCCCUCCAAACAGAGCAACAGCAAGUACGCAGCCAGCAGCUACCUGAGCCUGUCACCUGACCAGUGGAAAUCUCGCAGCAGAUUCACCUGCCGGGUAACAUAUGAGAGGAGCACUGUGGAGAAGAAUGUGGUCCUUGCAGAGUGCUCUUAGGUCCCUGAGACUGUCAGGGAUGGGGGCCUUCCUCAUCCAGACACCACUUCCCCAGCUUACCAUGUAAUUUUCAGAACCAACCCCUGGAUCAGUUCAGACCAGGCAGGUCACACACCCUCCCUGUUUCUACUUGUGCUCAAUAAAAUCUUAUCAUUUAUUAUU